AUGCCGUGUAAACUGACCAUAGACACUGCAGCCUCUCGUACGGUUGUUAGUUCCCAACUUAUAAGUCAGUUCCUUGGGGACUCCGCAUACAACCUAGAACGCAAUAAUUUGGUAACAGCCACCGGUCAGCGUAUACCCGUCCGUGGAGAGAAGGAGAUGGAGUUGAAGCUAGGCAACGUGAUCUACCUGCAUAAUGUCAUCGUGGCUGAUAUAAUGGACGACUGCAUCCUAGGCUUAGACUUUAUGAGGAAUAAUUGUUGCGAGAUCGACGUUAAGCAAGGUGUUUUGAAAUGUGGACAGGAGGAACUCUUUAUGGAAGCUGCGUUACCAGGGAACGUGUACAGGAUCAAGAAGAUUGUUCUUCCGCCGAGAUCGGAAACGAUUGUUCCGGUUAGUCUUCCUCGAAACGCUGGGCAAGCUCACCGUUGUGUACUUGUGGAGAGGGUAAACAAUGACCUUCCAUGGAAAGUAGCUCGAACCUUGGUCAGGACCACUGACAUCUCAGGAGUACGUGUGCUGAACCUUUGCGACCGGGAACAGAUUAUAGAAAAAGGCACACUGGUUGGUACUUGUGAGGAAGUGGAUUGGUUACGUCAGUGCCAAUAUAUAUCGAGUGGGACCCCCAGCAAGGAUUCAGAAACGAGAGUGACCACACUUUUGGAAGACUGUCGCAGUGUUCUGUCCCCGAACGAAUUGGUCAAGGUGAAGAAGUUGUUACUCGAGUACGCCGAUGUAUUCUCAUCAAACGAUGCUGACAUAGGAAAGACUGGUUUAGUUCAACACAAAAUAAACACAGGUGAAGAGUUGCCUAUCCGUCAGCGGCCAAGACGAUUGCCGGUAGCACGUGAAAAGGAAGUGGAAACCAUGAUUAAGGGAAUGGUGAAGGAUGGUGUUAUUGAACCUUCAUCUAUUCCAUGGUGUUCACCCGUGGUACUGGUAAAGAAGAAGGAUGGCAGCUUGCGGUUUUUUGUUGACUAUCGCCGUCUGAACGACGUUACUAAGAAGGAUAGCUAUCCCUUGCCAAGAAUUGAAGACACGCUGGACAUGCUUACAGGAGUAAAGUGGUUUAGCACGCUGGACCUAAAAAGUGGCUACUGGCAAGUUGAAAUUGACCCUAAGGACAAGGAGAAAACUGCGUUCUCGACGGGAAAGGGAACACCUUCAAAACUUGGAACGCGUGCUCAUGAAGAUUAA